CAAUGAAUUGGAUCAUUUGUGAUGUUCGUCGUUACCCGCGCCAGCACUAUGUUGAGUUUACCGGUGUUUUUAGCAAUGUUUGCUGUAUGUUCUCAAGGAUCGGAGCUCUUUGGUAGAACCCCUCCGACAGACUAUUUUCAACGAACGAAUAUUUUUGAUUGUCCUAACAGAUUCUAUCAGGCUGAAUUGACGAAAAAAUACACCUUCACAGAACACCACACUCAGGGCCCUGCGGUGGCGGGGGGCUUCCGUGUAUUCAAUGGCGAAUACCAGCACAUGGCUGCAAUCGGUUGGAUAGUAGAUGGUGAGACAAAUUAUCUUUGUGGCGGCACCUUGAUACAUCCAAAGUUUGUCCUGACAGCAGCGCACUGCGCAAUUCAGGUUGAUGGUGUUCUUCCCAGCACGGUACGUUUCGGUGACACAGAUUUGGCCAGUUCAGACAACGAUUUCGAGGCGCAGCAGGUUUCCAUUGAACGCAUCAAACGACAUCCGCUGCAUAAAUUCUCGCGGAGCUACCAUGAUAUUGCACUGAUAGAACUGGCUCACGAGGUACGGUUAUCGGAAUUCGUAUGUCCCGCCUGUCUGUGGUUAGAAAGUGACCUACCAAGUGAUCCACUCAGGAUUGUUGGAUUUGGCGAAACUGAACAUGCUGGUGGACUCAGUUCAACGCUACAAGGGGGGCGAGUUUCGUUGAUGGCGAGUGAUUCUUGUAGGGAGAAAAUUAUGUCCGAUCGAAGAUUGUCGGAUGGUUUGACCGAUUCUCAGUUCUGCGCGUCACAUAGAGAAAUGGACACAUGCCGGGGAGACUCAGGCGGUCCAAUCGAGGUCAGGCGUUUUGAUAUGAAUGAUUUGGAACAUCCACUAGUGGUUGGUGUAACUUCUUUCGGGACUCCUUGCGUGAAUGGUUCAACUGGAGUGUACACUAAAAUUGCGCCCUACAUCGACUGGAUCGAGAGUGAAAUCAAUGAAACGAUCAGUUACGACAGAUGCACUUCUCGCUGUUCAAUGAGAGUAAGUGGUAGCCAUUCAAUAGUACGAUCAGGAUUUCGAGGCUUAGUUCAUUUAUUGCGAGAUCAGAGUGUAGAGAGUCAUUUCAACUGUGCGGGAACACUAAUUGACGAUCGUUUCGUACUGACAACAGCUUCAUGUGUUACUGAUCCUGGUUCCAGGCCAAAUUUCAUCUACAUUUCCCACAAUGGAGAAACAGUUCAGAUCGAUCAAAUCAUCUUGUCUCCUAAUCGGAAGUUGAACAAAUCUUCUGAAGGUUUGGCUUUGCUGAAGCUCAGCAAGUAUCUCAAACCAGGUGUAGAACUGCGACCAACUUGUCUGGCGAAUGUUGGAUCAAAUAAAGGUACGUUGUCCUUCUUUAUGACUAGUCAGGACAUCAAAGCAAAAGAUCAGAUCAAGUUUAAAUACUUUUCUAAGAGCGUGCAUCCCACUGAAAAGUGCAACGAAAUCCAAUUUAGGGAUAGAAUUUGCGCACUUAAUAGCUUUCCAACAAUACCAACAAUUUGUAAUCUUUUCAUCGGUGGACCGAUUAUUAGAAAGGAUCGUUUUUCGAUACCAUAUUUGCAUGGUGUUGCAAACAACCAAAAUACCGGAUGUGACGGAAAACUAUAUGGAAUUCCUGUGAAGGCUCAUUUAAAAUGGAUUGAGUCUGUUAUAGUUGGAAUGGAGAGAAGUGGAAUGCUGAUUGUUGCUAAAUAAAGUAUAGGAUUUCUUUAUUAAUCUAGCUUAAUACAAAGCAGUACUCAAUUAUUUUCAAUAUACUAAAACGUGUAAAUUUACAUCUUCUGACACUGAAAUAUACGAGCAUUGUAUUUUAUAAUAGGUAUUGUAUUGUCUU